GGUAGUGGAGUGGAAAUUAGGGGACGAUGAGCAAUAACAAUUCGACGAUCAUGGAGGCGCCGUCCCCAGGGGGAGAAAAUAACAAUUCUUCAUCCUCCUCCAACAACAACAUGACCUCCCAGCUGGCUGACCCACAACAACAGCGAAUCUGGCAUUCCGCGAGAAUUGCGAACAGAAAAGCGCAAUUUCGAUCAAUGCCGAAAAAUGAGAAAAUUAGCAAGCUCGCAACUCAUUCUUCGUGUAAGGUGGAUGGGUGCAACUGUGCUGGUUGGAAAAGUCUGGCAACGGGGAGAAACUUUUUAUUUCCACCCUCCUCCACAUCUGCUCCCACGGAUAAUCAAUUUGAAAACCUAAAUGAGCCUUGUCGAAAUUGCCAGCACACUUUCGAAAAACACAUAUCCGAUUUAGUAAAGUUGAAAGAUGUAGAAAUUGACGAGUUGGUCGGGACCAUGGUGGACAUUGAGACUCUAUUCCUUGUCCUACAAAGGGACCCAGUGUCUGAUGACAGAACAGUUCCACCGUUUUUAAUGCCUGAACGACAAACAACUGGUAGCCACGUAAUAGAUGCCGACAAAAUGAUCUUCAACACUCUUUACUACCUCUUUCGUCUUUUGAGGAAAAGUGUCGCUUCCUGCUGUUCCCCCCUCCCCGACUUUACCACUUUAGGCAAACCUCCAUAUGAAGAGCCUUGUGUCAGCAGGGCCCUCAUGGCCACAAUUGCAUUCCGCUAUGCACAUGUUUCCGAAUUAGAAUGGUCCGGUGUGGUUGAUCUCGGCAAAAUCCUGCUACACACGUUCAACAUUUGUAAACUUGAUCCUCCAUCGGUAGCUGCAACACGAUUAGGGGCAGGAGGGCAUGACCACUACAAACACCUUUAUACCAGAUGGCUCAUUUUAUGUCAUGUACCGUUAAUGUGUGACUCGCUGCCAAAAUAUGAUGCGACCAGUGCAUUCGGACGACAAUUUAUGAAAGAAAUAUUUAGCUCGGUGAAAAAACAUUUGAUCGAAAAGUUUAUUACGGAGCAAGACAAAAUUCCUCAACCAAAGAGAGACCUGUUUUCCAAGCUGCUUCCUGGAUUUCUAGAUAACGUUGAACAAACUAUCCAUUCUCCCAAUUCACCAGUGUGGGAUAUUAAUUUUCGACCCUUGUUACCUCCUCAUGCUCAACAAGCUGGCAGAGCACCAGUGGCCACUUCCAUGCCACAGCAACAAGCAUUGGGUGGUCAAGCUUCAUCUCAGGGCGCGUCCCCAGCCGUUGCAACAGGUGCUUCUUCCACUAUGGUCGUAACCCCUAGCUCCACAGUCAUAAAAAUGGAACAGAAUGAAGUGGCUGAAGCAGAAACGAUGGACGUGGAUCUUCCCGAUGUGCAUCCUUCGGCGGCCACAAUGGGGUCAUUAUCUGCAAAGAGUCCAGUGUCAAAAAUGGAGGUGGAGGACCCAAUUACAAGUAAUGAAUCUGUGCUGUCCAUUCCAUUAAUUACAGACGAUGGAGACUUGCCAUUGGAUUUGGUAAAAUCAAUGUUUCGUGAACUGGAUGCAUCUCAAAAGAGGGGGGACGGUGAUACGUUGUUCGAAGAUAUAGCAGCGAGAGAUGAAGCUGCGAAAAUCGAAGAACUGAAAAAGAUCAUUUCAUGUCACGUUGUAGGAAAUUCUCUUACUAAGACUGUAUCAAAAGAGACUAUGAUGUGGCUUGUAGGUCUUCAAAAUGUAUUUUCACACCAACUUCCGAGAAUGCCAAAAGAGUAUAUUACUAGACUUGUAUUUGAUCCAAAACAUAAAACACUGGCUUUAAUCAAGGAUGGAAGACCCAUCGGCGGUAUUUGUUUCCGCAUGUUCCCUACUCAAGGAUUUACAGAAAUCGUUUUUUGUGCUGUAACUUCAAACGAGCAGGUAAAAGGAUAUGGGACGCAUUUAAUGAACCAGCUCAAAGAUUACCACAUUAAGAUGGGAGUUUUACAUUUCUUGACAUAUGCUGAUGAGUUCGCGAUAGGUUACUUUAAGAAACAAGGAUUUAGUAUGGAAAUUACCAUCGGGAAAAACUUGUACACGGGUUUUAUUAAAGAGUAUGAAGGUGCAACCCUGAUGCACUGCGAGUUAAAUCCAAAGAUAGUAUAUACCGCUUUCACGGCUGUUAUCCGAAAACAAAAGCAAUUUAUGCUGAAACUAGUUCAAAACAAAUAUGACGCUUUGAAGGCUAUGGAGUACCCUGGAAUACAAUGGAAAGAACUGAGACGCUUGGAAGAAAUUCCUGGCUUACAACAAGCUGCAGACUAUUGCGGUCUACCAUUGCCCUUGGUCCACAAAGAAGACGAAAGUAACGCCGGUUUACAAAUGGUGUACAAAUCCAUCUUAAAUCAAGUUCGGAGUCAUAGUGCUGCUUGGCCAUUCUUGAAACCCGUUGAUAGAAACGAAGUUCCUGAUUACUAUGAGCAUAUUCAAUUUCCAAUGGAUCUGAAAACUAUGGGGGAUCGACUGAAAAAGGGGUAUUAUAUCAGCAAAAAGCUAUUUAUAGCAGACAUGACUAGAGUCUUCACCAAUUGUCGUACCUACAAUUCUCAAGAAACGGAUUAUUAUAAGUUGGCAAAUAGUCUCGAGAAGUUUUUUAUGAACAAAAUGAGAGAUUCUGGACUCCUUGACAGAGAAAAGGAUAGAAAUAGUUCCAAGGCGUUAUCCACACGGGGUGAUAAAUUUUAGAUUAUGGGUUGCACCAGGUAUUCUCACUUUUCAGACUUUCCAGAGCUAUGUCGAUUUUGAACGUAGUGGGCUUUAUAGACACGCUAAUUACAACUUCUUUGGAACACGCUCCAAUACAUUUGAUGUACUACCCGAAAGUGAGAUAAUAUGCUAUAUUAUUGCCGUUGUUGCAGUAGUGCUCCCUUAGACGGCAUCUUACUUUCGUCCUUAUACUUUUCGAUAUACUUUGUAUUUGGAAGAUCCCAAUAUUUUUAUUAAGCUGCAAUUUAUUGUUGGUUUUGCAUAUUCUGUGAUAUGAUGCACUUCUUUAUAUGAACUCCUUGUUGUGUUUAACGUAAACUUAUUUAUGUUAUAAUUUUUAGUCAAGUUGCUUAUAAGUUAUUUGUAACCAACUGUAAUCAUUAUAUAAUUUAUAAAUGUACAAAUAUUUUGAAACUAAUUUAUAGCGGAUCUCUUAAUAAAACGUGCCUUCAAACGACUUGAAUACAUACA